AUGGCAGACUUCGCGCCAGGUAUGGGACCAGCUACGAAAGAGCCCAGCUGCAUUAACUGUGGCGGCGUUGGACAUUGGGCCGUCGCGUGUCCCGAACCCGUCAGAGCCAAGCCAGCGGGUUUGACCCGCAAGCCCUCGACCGGCCAUGACCACGGCCGAGGCAGCGAUGCCCAGCACGGCGGCCGAAGAUCGGGUCCGGUGGUCACAAAGUAUGCUCCACCCGGCGGCAAUCCGAUCGUCACUCGCUACGCACCCCCGCCCAGCCAACCCCAUGCUACGGCUCCUCCGUAUCCCGGUCCCCCGCAGCCAUACCCGUCUUAUCCACCUCCCCCGGGUGGCUAUGCACCUCCCCCACCCCCGAGCAGCUAUCCCAGCUACUCUCAGUAUGCAUCGCCGCCCCCUCCACCUCCACCGCCAUCUGCUUCCUAUCCACCACCGCCCGGCCCUCCCGGCCCUCCAGGACCUCCUGCGCCGUUCCAGUAUGGAGCUUCUGGGCAGUAUGGGCUUCCUCCUCUCCCGGGACCUCCAGGCCCGCCUCGGCCUCCUCCUCCUCCGUCUUAUCAGCCGCCUAGUUAUCCUCCUGGCUCGGCGUACCCCCCUUACGCACCUCCUGGAUAUCAGAGCAGUCCCCCUCCACCUCCGGGCGGCCAGUACCCUCCGCCGGGUGGAAGCUACACUUCCUCCAACUAUGGGCCUCCUCCUCCUCAACCGCCUUACAGAUCUCAGCCACCUCCCCCCCCUCCGCCAUACGCCCAGCCCUACGCGCCUCCUGAUCGUGGAUACGGACCAUCGCCGCCUCUGCCCGUCCCUCCGAGGGGUCCUCCAUUACCACACGGGCUGCCACCCAUUCCCCCCACGCCUCAAAGAAACCACCCGCCACGGGAUCGAAACAACCAGAAUCGCCAUGGCAAAAACAACCGCCAGGACCGCCGACAAGAUCGUGGUCGUCGCAAUAAGCAUAACAACCAAUCCAAAAGGGACCCAUCGCAGUCUCAGCCAAAGCAUGGCGCCAAAGACGCCACCAGGGAAGGCAACAACAAUAACAACUCUGAAGUGGCCGAGCCAACCCCAACACCAAAGGCUGACCAUGCGAAACCCGCAAUCACUGCCAGCGAUACGCCAGAAAGCUGGCAUGCACCCACGGUGUCAGAGCAUGGCGUCGACGAGGAAGAUGACUGGAAGUGGGAAGAGGAAAUGAUAUUCAAAGAACCAAACAAAACACACCAGCCAGACCCCAUCGCCAAACCUCUCCCCGGGCCGUAUGAGUAUCAUGAUAACAUCAUGCUCCCUCCGGCUUGGAAUGCGACGUGUGUCCUUUCCGAAUUUGUGAAGGAGAACAAUCUGGAAGAGUUUUCGCGGCCGAUUCGAGAGACCGAGUACUUCGCCACCCUCAGGCACGACCCGGUGUUUUGGAAGCCAGCGCCUGACGCCGGAAAGCUCAAGAAACCCGAAGUCAGAGAACGUAUCAGCACGUUCAAAUCGUCACGCCUUCCAGGAUUUCCGUCCCUGCCGCCAAAGCCGCCGACCCCGGAGAAUCGAGACCAUCGACAUCUGAACGACCGCAAGCGCGCCUGGGAUGACUACCCGUAUAAACAGUCCCGUGGAGGAGGUACGCAUGACAGUGACUCUCAGCAGAGCCGCUACAAGAGGCAGAAGGGCGAGGGACAGGGAGCAUACGAGAAUGCGUCGCCUCACAACCGACGAGGACGGGAAGACAGCAGAACGAUCGACCGGUACCGAAGCCAAAGAUCAGAGCGUACGGAGCAUGAAUCCAGCGAUACCCAUCUCAAUUCUGUGGACAGCAGAGAGGCUGGGUCUGCCGUGCGCGAAAGAGAAGGAUACGUUGCCCGCCAGGAUUCGGGCUACUACAGCUCUCGCCAAGUGCGUGGGCGACAAGAGUCCUCCAACGGCUUCCAUGACCGGAGGCCGACAACUCCAACAUUUCCUGGGACACCCGACAGCCGUCCACCCAGCAGGCAAGGAUCUCACCAUUCGUGGCGCCGGGGAUCUCAUAGCAGUCACGCCGACUCGCGCCCGGCAUCCAGACAAUCCAUGGCUUCGGGCGCCUCUCCUGGCGGCGAAGAUUCAGACUUGGAUGACCUUGAGGCCGAACUCUUGGGAAUCUCGACAAAGACGAAGGGCGGAAAGGAAGGCAGACAAAGUGAUGGUGGUGCGUUCAAGAUUCGCAAGAAAGUCCCCAAAGUCGACUCUGCAUACAGCCGGCGAUGGUGA